AUGGGUUCACACGGCGUAGCUAAGUGGCGUUGGUGGGUCGUGGUGGUGGCUUGGACAUGGGGUGCCGCUGCCCGCACGCUGUGCCCAGCGCGCUGUGCUUGCGACGAUGCCCUGCGCGCGGCAUCUUGCGCCAACGCCAGUCUCGAGAUUGUGCCCAUCCAGCUCAACCCCGAGGCAACACACAUCAACCUCACCCACAACUCUAUAAGCAAUCUCCUCUAUACUUUCCCGUUUUACACGCAAUUAACAGUUCUUGACAUUUCGCAUAACAAAAUACAAGACUUAGGGAGGGAGUGUGAAAUGAACAUGAAAAAAAGUGACAACUCUAGUGUCAUACUAAAAAUAGACUACGAGGACGUGAAAUGUGCUGCGCCUGAACAUUUGAAGGGAGAUCUACUCGUGCCAAUUCUUGAGUCGGAAUUCGGAUGUUCAAAUGGUUGGGUUAUAGUAGCAGUCAUUGUUAUGACUGUGAGCAUUAUAAUCAGCUUAGUCGGUGGAGGGUUAUACUUUAUGGGGCCCUUGAAAAAAUGCAAAGGCGACAAAUCGAAGCAGGUCAUGACGAGUGUAAUGUUAAACAGUGAUGUGUCAAAACUGGGAAAUGGGUUGGGAUAUUCAACGCGAAGUAGAGAACAGGAGAACAAGAGAGACGUGGAUCGAUACUUAAUGAUAGGUUCAUCCGUUACGAAUAACUUCCAUUCCCUUAACCCUCCUUGGCACAGUGUGGAUAAAAAUCCUUAUUACCAGGAGGAUAGUGAAGAACAUAUUUACCAACAGUUUGCGUACGAGACUAUUCCUCAUCACAGAACCCCGGAGAAACCACACAUAGUGUAUGUU